GGACGUGAGGGAGAGGGGAGAGGUGGGAUGGAGAGAGAAGAGGCAUGAGAGAGGGGAGGGACGUGAGGGAGAGAGGGCGAUACAUGAGGGGAGAGGAGGGCCUUCAGGGAGAGAAGGGAACCGAGGGAUGGAGGGGAACGGUCGAGGGAGGCGGGAGAGGGAGAGGAGGGUCACGAGGGAGAGAUGAGGAAAAUGAGAGGAUGCACAGAAAUCUGAGAGAGAAGUGGGCAUAUGGAGCAGGGGAGAGGAGGAGGUGAAAGGAGAGGAAGGAACGGCAUGGGAAGGGCCGAGUGAAGGGACAGCAGCUACCCUACGUAGCCAGGAGGUGGGUAGGAAAUGAAGUGUAGAUGAAUUGACGUCUACUUCCAUCCAUAGCGCAACCAGUAGUCUAUCAAUAAUCUGGUGUAUCUCACUCUGCUGUGAUACUUCAUUGGGAUUGGAAGACCUCCAUUUGGUGCACAAAACUUUCACGUUACUGUUUAUAUCUUUUAGGGAAAAUUCGAUC